GCCACGUGACUAUGGUCUGCCUGUUAGUGUCCUUGGACUCUGUCGUACCAGGAAGUUUUUCUUCUUCUUCUUCAUGUGACACACGUGUUUCCGGCACAAGGUCGUAGGGUCCAGCAUAGUGCAGCUAUAACGCAAUGGAUCCACUCAAAGCUCAGCAGCUGGCAGCAGAACUGGAGGUGGAAAUGAUGGCGGAUAUGUAUAACAGGAUGACUGGUGCCUGUCACAAAAAGUGUGUUCCUCCUCACUACAAGGAGCCAGAGUUAUCUAAAGGAGAGAGCGUCUGCUUGGACCGCUGUGUCUCAAAAUAUCUCGAUAUCCAUGAGAGAAUGGGCAAGAAACUCACUGAACUUUCUAUGCAAGAUGAGGAACUUAUGAGAAGAAUGCAGCAAGGAGUGGGACCCGCGUAGUGACAUCACAUAAAAGAGAUUGCAUCAUCAAAUUGACUUCAGUGAUACUUGGGAUGUUGGAUAUUACGCUAUCAUCUGUAGCAAGGCAGACAGAGCUAUGCUUAAAGAGAUUUAUGAAAAUGUACAUGUUCAUACUGAACCUGUUGCUGGUCUGUUCUUGAUAUUUGCUGUUUCUGUCCACUUUUCUGCAAAGUGAUGUGAAUAUUUAAACCUCGUUUGUUGAUGUAUUGGAACAAUGUCUAAUAAUAAAAAAAUGAAACAUUUUAA